CACUACAGUCAACAGCAAGCAGUCAACAUAUGCGACCACACGGAGGCGCUGCGAGAUCCCACUCUAUGGUUGAGGAGGACUGUCAGUGUGGGCGUUGAGAUAAAGAAGCGCGAAGCUUUAUUCAUGCUUUGUGCUGCGUUGGCGCAAGAGGUACAGACUGCGGCAGUGAUCUCUUGUUCUGGUGAAAUAUCUAUCGGCCGCUGGUUUCAUAAUGGCUACCCGCUCCAGGAAGAGAAAGAUUAGUGAGGCGGUAGAGGUCUCCGAAAAGAAGAAAGCAGAGACGGACACUUCUCAUGAGCAGCGCAUUGUGAUAGAGCACUGCACCAGCUGACGAGUUUAUGGACGAGCAGCCGCUGAAGUGAAGACUGCCCUUCAAGGCAUUUUUCAUGAAGUGAAAAUUGAGAUAAAUCCCAUAAAACCCAGAAGAGGAAGCUUUGAGGUUACACUGCAGAAUCCUGAUGGACAGAAUGUGGAGAUUUGGACAGGUAUAAAAAAGGGUCCUCCUCGAAAGCUCAAGUUUCCUGAUCCAGAGACCAUUGUUUCCUCUCUACAAAAAUUUUUUAAGUAGACAUUUA